GAACCCACUCCCCACCCCCAAGCUGAUCGGUUCAAGGUCUGUGUCUCAAGUACUUGUGCACGCCCCCAAAUAGGGCAGGAAACAGCCCCUUCACUUCCUGGAAGCCAAGAUGGGGAAGUGGGCGCUGCUCCCAGAACAACUAUAGACCACGAGGAUGGGGGCGCUUUCCACCGAGGGAGAAAGCUUAGAGCCAGGAGCCUAGAACCCCACUCCACCGAACCCCCUCCUUGCUGAGUGAGUGAAUGAGUAAAUUGUAGUGCCGGACCCUAGGGAGUGGAAGCCUAUUUCUGCAUCGAGGGCUGGAGUUCCUUCGCUGAGGCCUCUGGAGGACUUAGGAACGGGAUCCGGUGAUGGUGGCUGAGCAGGAGGCCCUUCGGAAGCUCCUGACUCUCCAAGAGAAACACAGGACCCUGCAGCUGACCUUAGGAGCUGAGCCCCCUGAUGUCAGCAAGUUUCCCCAUUUCAGGAUGAGGAUCCCUGGACCCAGAGAGGUGGCAGGCCUGAGCUGGAACCUGAACCUGGCCUUCAAACAUUUAUUUCAUGAAUGAGAAUGAAGCAAAAGCUCUGUCAGCCCUGAGGGAGAUGGCUGAUCCACUGCCUGAGUCACACAGUUGCCUCCAUGUGACCCAGCAGAGCGGCCCCCGAGGUAAUCUUUGCAGAGCCAGGUCAUCAGGUCUUUCUAACACCCUGUGUGACUGCACCAGAAACUGCUGGGGCCACCCAGGCUCCUGCAAUCCACCACAUACUUACUCUCUUUGUUCGUCUCUGCUGCCACCAAAUGCAGCCAGUCAUUCUUACCCAGGACUAAUGCUCCUAUACGACUGCUAAUUCUCCCUUCCCCUUGCAUUGCUCUGGGAGAAAGACAGGGCUUUCUACUGCCGUAAAGUUACCAGUCUCAGACACCCACAGGAGCACAUCUACCCUGUCCAAUAGGCUCGCGGUCCACGCGAUGGCAGUGAGUAGGAAAGUGAGUCAUCACUAGGCAGUAAGGUGUGAUUCUGCUAAAGAUAAAGGAGUGAGAGGUAGCGAUGGAAAGAUGGAGGUUCUCAAAUACAAGUUUCCCUUAGGGGUAUAUUUUGGGGGUGUAUAUGAGUGGGGUUUCUAUUCCCUCAUCCAUCUGCAUUCUCUCCUCUGUGUAGGAAUACCAUGUGGAAAUGAUCUUAAGUCUGAUUUCAGUGGUGGUGGUGGUGGUGAUAUGACGACAGUACCCCACAACACCCCAUCUCAACAAGUCUGCAAAGCCUGUGUUAUGACUCCCACUUUACAGAGGAAGGAAGAUUCAAGCUCAGAGGCCACGGGCCUUGUGGAGAAACCCUUGUGCCUUAGCUAGCCAUUCUUCUCCCAGGAAGCGCGUCUGCCAAGGACAGGGAAUGACAAAGUGGGCGAGGUAGUUCACAACAGGAGACACAGGCGAGCUGCACAGUUUGGAGAUUUUUGUCUUUGUCACUUUGUCCUUCCUUCGUAUGUGGUGAAACUUUCUGUUGUUAUUGUUGCAGUGGGGACUGAUAUAUUAAGCCAGGAACCUCAGGGAAAGUGGAGGUCCCCAUCUGGAGUGAAGAUUAUAGAGCAAAUAGCACCCCUUUUUCUUCCCCCAGGGCAACAAGUGUGCUAGAGGCUGUGGGAAUCAGUGGGGACUCUUGAGUGGGGUACAAAAAACAGGACAGUGGCCCCUGUGUUUCUGGGGCCUUCCCACUGGCUGCCCUCUGCCUAGGCUGCUGCCAGAGGGCAGGAGGUGAGAGCCUUUCUCCAUCGGAUGUAACAAAAUUACUCCAUAGUCAAGUCCCAGCCCCAGGGGCCUGCAAACUUCCGCUUGCUGAGCUCCAGGUUGGUCUCUCAGACUUCUGUGUGUGUUUGUGUUUGUUCCUCUAGUAGUUCAGCCUGGAGGAGGAACCGGGCUUCUCAGCCUCCCCAGCACUUAGGGCCGGAGGAUCAGAGUGCAAACUGGCUUGGAGCACCUCACUUCAACCCCUCUCACCCUCAAACAGGUCUGCAAGGCCUGCACUAGGACUCCCGUUUUACAGAGGAAGAAAGAUCCAAGCUUAGAGAGGCUAUGGGCCUCGCAGAUGGCAUUUGCAGUCAGUCAUCAAGCAUUCCUGAGCUCCCUCUUAGAUAUAAGCAGUGAUUUGGUCAAAGCCUCUACUGACUGAGCUACUCAUGGCAAAGCCCCAACAAGUCCUGUCUGCCUUGCUCACUACCUCCGCCCCACUCCGCCUCCUGCUGACUCAGCUCUAGCCACACUUCACCAUGACAGGCACAUUCAUCGUGACAGGCACAUUCACCGUGACAGGCACAUUCACCGUGACAGGCACAUUCACCAUGACAGGCACAUUCACCAUGACAGGUACAUUCCGGAGUUUCUUAUCUGUUCCUUUGCAUCUUCCUUUGCACCUCCACGCUUUGCUCAAGUCUCACCUCAUGGAAGCUCACACCCUUUGAGCAGCUUCCCACCCCUCCUGACAUUGUACCAUUCCACUCACCACCUUUCAACUCGCCAGGAGCCCUGGUGGUGGUGGCCCUCCCUUGGACCUUUGAGGUCAACCGUUCAAAACCACCAGUUGCUUUGUCGGAGAAAGAUGAGGCUUCCUAGGCCCGUGAAACGUUACAGUGGUGGAAAUGCACAAGGGCAGCUCUGCCCUCUCAGGGUGGCCAUGACUCAGAAUCCACUGGAUAGCACUGAGUUGAUGCCCGUCUUCCUGCUCUAGGGUGGAAUCUCUAAAACAGGCAGAGCUGGCUCUUCUCAAGUCAUGAUCUUCCUCUCCAGUCCAUUUUUGCCACUUUCAAUAAACAUGUGUUGGAUGAAGGGAUAAACGAGUUAAUAAAGAUAUUUAAGAUUGGGCAGAGGGGCCAAAAAGAGCCUGUGAGGAGUCAGUGGUGGAGAAAGGGUGGGGGCGUGGCCGCGUUGGGCGUGUCCUCCAAGAACUACAUUUCCCAUGAAGCUCUGGGCUCAGAGAGACCGCGGGUGGUGCCGGGAGAGCGUAUGUACGUGCGGUGUGAGAAAGCUGGUCUCCGGGUUACGAGGAUGGCGGCUCAACGAGUGUUCCCUCUCUCCUGUGUGGUACAGCAGUAUGCCUGGGGGAAGUUAGGAUCCAACAGCGAGGUCGCCCUCCUGCUGGCCAGCAGUGACCCACUGGCCCGCAUCUCCGAGGACAAGCCGUAUGCAGAGCUAUGGAUGGGAACCCAUCCCCGGGGGGAUGCCAAGAUCCUUGACAACCGCAUCUCGCAGAAGACCCUAGGCCAGUGGAUUGCUGAGAACCAGGACUGCUUGGGGUCCAAGGUCAAGGACACUUUUAAAGGCCAGCUACCCUUCCUCUUCAAAGUGCUAUCAGUGAAAACUGCCCUGUCCAUCCAGGCCCAUCCUGACAAGGAGCGAGCGGAGAAGCUGCACCUCCAGGCUCCAGAGCACUACCCCGACACCAACCACAAGCCCGAGAUGGCCAUUGCCCUCACCUCCUUCCAGGGCUUGUGUGGCUUCCGGCCAGUCGAGGAGAUCGUGACCUUUCUGAAGAAGGUGCCUGAGUUCCAGUUCUUGGUCGGCGAUCAUGCGGCCAUACAGCUGAAGCAGAGCUUGGGCCUCGGCGACCAGGCUGUGGCCUCUGCUCUGUGCACCUGUUUCUCCCACCUGAUGAGGAGCGAGAAGAAGGUGGUAGUGGAGCAGCUCAACCUGUUGGUGAAGCGGAUCUCCCAGCAAGUGGCUGCUGGGAACAACAUGGCAGAUGUGUGUGGAGAGCUCUUGCUAGAGCUGCACCAGCAGUACCCAGGGGACAUCGGCUGCUUUGCCAUCUACCUCCUGAACCUGCUCACCCUGAAGCCCGGGGAGGCCAUGUUUCUGGAGGCCAAUGUGCCCCACGCCUACCUGAAAGGAGACUGCGUGGAGUGCAUGGCCUGUUCUGACAACACGGUGCGCGCCGGCCUGACCCCCAAGUUCAUCGACGUGCCAACCCUGUGUGAAAUGCUCAACUACACCCCAACUUCCAGCAAGGACAGACUCUUUCCGCCCACACGCAGUCCCGAAGACCCGUGCCUGUCCAUCUAUGCCCCGCCGGUGCCGGACUUCGCUGUGAUGAGGAUGGAGGUCCCCGGCUCUGCCACGGAGUACAAGGUCUUGGCACUGGAUUCUGCCAGCAUCCUCCUGAUGGUGCAGGGGACAGUCACAGCCAGCACACCCACGGUCCAGGCACCCAUCCCCCUGCAGCGCGGUGGAGUGCUCUUCAUUGGGGCUAACGAGAGCAUCGUGCUGAAGCUGACGGUGCCCCAGGACCUGCUGAUGUUCCGAGCCUGCUGUCUGCUACAGUAGCCUUCGCCUCUGCAGGUGCCCCGCGUCUGGGCCAGCCCUGCCUCCCAAGGCCCAGCGCUCUCCAAGUAUACUAAGGGGGGUGGGGGGGAGUUAACAACACUGAAUACCCCAGACUGAACCAUCCUCUUUUGGGGGGGGACGACUAAGGACCAACAGUCCCUUGUGUUCUUACCACUCUUGAGCCUGGCUCACCUGGGCUCUGCCCCAGCCCAUGUCACCCGGCUACCGCAUGAUCUACCACAAGAUGGGAGGCUAGGUCAUGAACACCUGUGAGCCGGGGUCUAGGUCUGCCCAUUUCCCAGCAGCAGAGCAGGCGGGCAGGCCUGUGGCCUAGUGUGCUCACCAUCGCCCACUUACUGUGUCAAGCAACUAUUAAAGAGCUCUGGUGUGGAGGCUGCAGGCUGAAGAGCAUUCUGCCUCAGAUGUCUCAGGCCCUGAAGUGAACCGAGAGCUCUUCCUGGGUGGCA